CCGCAGUUCGGGUCUCACUGAGGCUGACACGCAGCUCUGGUUUGAAGUCUUAUUUAUGAAACCGGUUUUUAGUUGUUAACGGAAACUACUGCCGAGGCGAUUCAAGGAAAAUACCGGAAAACAGAUGGACUGACUGGAGGAUAACCAGAGUUUGUGUCUGAAGUAAAAAAAGAUACACAAUUUGCAAACUCUUGCAUUUUCUUAUCUAAAAGAAAUUAACUGAACUGGACCGGGGUCAGUUCGUUGAGCAUGGCGGACCAGAAAUCAAUUCAGCCCCUCCUGAAGCUGCUGCUGUUCCUGAUGCUCCUCAACAGGCUGGUUCAGCUGUGGGCAUUUCCCUUCAGCCCGUCGCUGGACCUGGAAGUCACUCCCAGGACAACUGUCUUUUACAAAGGAAUGCUGGGCAGCAAUGGUUUCACAGGCUCAUCCCAGAACUACAGCACCCUGCUGCUGGAGGAGGAGACUGGGCGUCUGUAUGUGGGAGGCAGAGGAGCUUUAUAUGCACUGAACACCUCCAAUAUCUCCACAUCUGCAAGCCUCACUCUUGACUGGAAUGUCACCCCUGAACAGAAGAAGCAGUGUUUAAACAAAGGCAGAAACAAUCAGACAGAAUGUUACAACCACAUCCGCUUUCUGCAACGAUACAAUGAAACUCACCUGUACGUCUGUGGAACAAAUGCCUUCAGACCUCUCUGUGCUUAUAUAGAUACAGAGAGGUUUAACUUCUCAUCUGGUUUUGAGGAGGGAAGAGAUAGAUGUCCAUAUGACCCAGCAAAGGGAUACACCGGCCUGCUCAUUGAUGGGGAAAUGUUCUCGGCUUCCCAGUAUGAGUUUCGCAGCUCACCAGACAUCCGCAGAAAUUUCCCCUUCCCCACUCUGAGGACGGAGGAGGCCCCCACCCGCUGGCUUCUCGAGGCAGAUUUCGUUGGCUCUGUGCUGCUGAAGGAGAGCAUCAACAGCUCCAUAGGCGACGACGACAAGAUUUACUUCUUCUUCACCGAGAGAAGCCAGGAGCAGAUCGCUUAUCCAAGCCAGUCCAAAGUGUCUCGGGUCGCCCGGGUCUGCAAGAAUGACUGGGGUGGCCAGAGGACACUGCAGCGGAAGUGGACCACCUUUCUUAAGGCUAGAAUGGUGUGUUCAGUCCCAGAAUAUGAGCUGCAUCUCAAUAUCCUCCGUGACGUGUUUGUCCUGCAAGGGAGGGAUGUUCAAAGCAGCGUAUUUUAUGGUAUCUUUGGUUUGGAAUGGAAGAAUAUCAAAGCAUCUGCCAUCUGCCAAUACGCCUUCUCAGAUGUGCGAAGAGUGUUUGAAGGACCAUACAUGGAGGUGCAGGAUUCAAAGUGGCGGGAAUACACAGGGAAGGUUCCGGAGCCAAGACCUGGAUCGUGUAUAACAGACCUACAUAGAUCCCAGGGCAUAAACUCCUCUCGAGACCUCCCAGACAGCGUCCUCACAUUUGCCAGGAGGCACCCACUGAUGGCUAAGCAGGUGCAUCCGAUUGGCCUGGUGCCGCUCAUGUUCAAGAGGAGCGUCAACUACGUCAAGAUAGCCGUCCACAAAGAGCUGGCACUGGAUGGAAACCUUUACACUGUCUUGUUUCUGGGAACAGAUGAUGGGUGGUUGCACAGAGCUGUGUCAGUGGAUGGAGAGAUGCAUAUCAUAGAGGAGCUGCAGAUAUUUGCUAAACCACAGCCAAUAGAGAGCAUGGUGAUAUCUACAGUCCAGAGGAGCAUCUACAUCGGCUCCCACUCUGGUCUGAUCCAGGUACCAAUGUCUACCUGCCAGAGAUAUACUUCCUGUUAUGAUUGCGUAUUCGCAAGAGACCCCUUCUGCGGCUGGGAUGGGAGAGUUUGUGUGGAAAUAUCAUCACGAGCGCAGAGAGCAAACUUAACGCAGGACAUCUCUAGAGGAGUCAGAGGCUGUAAGGAGAAAUCCGGGAACGUGAUCCAUCGCAGACGGGCUGUGAUGUUGGGGGAUGAUGUGUUGCUCCAGUGUGAACUGCGCUCUAACUUGGCGACGCCACGCUGGACGCUAAACGGCAAGGAGCUCCAGGGAUACGGGCUGAAUUCAGGCUACCGUGUUGGCACAGAUGGACUCCUCAUAAUUGGAGCUCGCACCCAGCAGGGAGGCUCGUAUCGCUGCUUUGCAGUGGAGAACGGUGUCUCAGUGCUGGUUUAUCUCUACACAGUGAAGAUUCACACAGAUCCAUAUUUGCCGACGGAGCCCACAGUCACCACCGAACCCACAACUGCCUCCAGCCCGGUGGUUUUCUCCACCAUCAGCCCCACUGAGCAGCCUCUACCCUCGCCGCCAGCUCCCCUGCCUCCAGGACCCAAUUUCCAGACCUUCAGGCACAUGGAGGCCAUCUACAUAUCGCUGGUGGCAGUUCUUGGAGGGCUUUGCUUAGUGCUGACUGUGGUGCUGCUCUAUGUAAGCUUCUGCACCAGACGGACGAACCAGAGUCGCAAGUUCUCCCAUCAAAACCUUCAUGUUCUUGGGGCCUCUGAUAGAAAGAGGAGCUCCAAUCUAGAGCUGAAAACCAUCUCCAGCCACUGCAACGGUCGCCAGGGUCGGCGCUCCAUCUCAGUGCCUACCUUCGGGGACUUUAACGACAGCUUCCUCCAGAUUAUUCCUGACGAGGACCAGAUCUCUCCGGCCAAAACGCCGCCGCCAGCUCCUCCUCUUCCUAAUCCUCCUCCACUUCCGAACAUGGACUAUGCCAACGGGCUGUCGGCCACGCUGCCCAGCGUGCUGAGGAAGAUGAACGGGAAUAGCUACGUGCUGUUGAGGCAGGCCGACCCAGAAGGCAUGUCGCCGCUGUACCACUCAUUCACGGAGGAGCUCAAUCGGAUCCUGGAGAAGAGGAAACACACACAGCUCGACAUGCACCCUGAUGAGAGCUCCAUCUAGGAUCCCCCAGUCAAUACAGGAACCCAAGUUAUUUAUUACUGAAUAGCGAUGCGCUGUUGUGGAAAAAAGCUGAAGCUUUGUCUUUAUUAUUCAGGCUGCAGUUCUAGCUGCAGCUUGAUUAAAAAAAGGAAACUGCUGUGUCUGGAGAGCACUGAGUUCCUCACAAGUUCACUAACGGAUGGACCAAACUCAGCAAAGGGACUGGAAGAAGUUCAGCUGCUGUGAAGAAUUUGCACUAAAAGAAAGAAACGGGGUGAUGUCACCUCAUUAAACUGGAUGUUAAGUAACAACGAGAGGCAUGUUGCAGAGAAUCACUGGACGUUUUUUAUGAUUGAGGUUCCUGGAAGACUUAAACAUCAUGUAAUAUUUAUUCUAUGUGUAGAUCAAAGUGAUACUCUACCCUAUAUAAAACUUAAGGAAAAUUAUCUCUUACCUGUAGCAUUCAUCAAGUUCUAGACCUUUUGUUUUCUUUCCCAGAUCUCUCUGUAGACUUGUCCCUCUGGAUGGUGGGAAGUAAGGCUUUUGACAAGAAGCAGCAAUUUUAAGAUGGUUUAUUUUGUUGAUUUUUACCCCUUUGAGAAGUCAUGAAGCGUAUCUGUUACAGUACAAGCACAAACUACUGUAUCACACAAGGGUUUUUGUUAAAGACCAAAACAAUAGGUUGAAACGCCACAAUAUGGACCAAAGUGUGUUACUGUGAAGUGGAAAGAAAGCAAUACAGGUUUAUUAGGUGUGACUAAUAAACAGCUCAAGCCCAAUUAAAUUGGAUGGAGGGUGUCUUUAAACAUAAAGCUUCACACUUUGCUGCACAUCCUCAAAUAUUUAUGUUCUAACAUUUUAUCUGCUUUAAUUCACAUCAUCCUAUUGUAGCUCUGGAUUUAUGUUUACGGUUGUUUUCUUUCUGGAAGAUGAACCUUUGCCCCAAACUCAAGAGUUUUUCAGACUCUUACAGCUUUAGUCAACUUUUCCAUCAACUUCCCCUGCUGAGUAAAAGCAUCGAAACAUUAUGAUGCUGUCAGCAAUAUGCUGGACCGAAAAGGCUUCAGUCGACUUUUAAUGCAGGAGAAAUAGAUUAGAAAAAGAAGCGUUCGAGUAAAUGGGACGAAAUACACAACCCUAAUGCAGCCUUAUUCUUAAAAAAUGUUAAAGACUGAAGAAAUUUUCCUCCACGGAAAAAAACCCCCAAUUAAAUGCAUAAAUUAAAUUAUGUUUAUGGGUUAGGGUUAUAAAAUAAUAAGUGCAUAAUUAAAAAAUAUGCACUUGAAAUAAGA